CAGUAGACAGUCGGUCCGUAGGUCAGCUGGUUCUGUCCACCCGUUAGCUGUCUGAUGAUAAACCCGUCGCGAUACCUCGACACCCUCAGACGAGGGACUUGAUAAGGAAGUUUGAGCGGCCCGCGCGCCGCAUGUGCGCGAGUGCUUCUUUCCGGAAGCUUGAACAAGAGAAACAGCCUGAAAGAAGCAAAGGAGAAGAGUUGAAGGAGCGCUGCGCGCCCGGCUCAGCAGGAAAUGACUAUAUCGUACGCGAGUGAAGUGCCGAAUGGCUCCAGCUUUGGCUGCUUUUGGAAGAUCCUUUGCAAGUUCUUCGACGACCACUCACCAGACGACAAUUUUCCAACCGUAGAGCAAUAUUACAACGCAUUCAAACCAGUCAUUCCGCGGCCUAUCAAUAUCCAUGAGACUCGACAGUGCGACCUAUGAACCGAGAGGCACGCGUAGCCAGCCAGCUACGUAACACAUGGAGAGGCUCCGUUUACAAAUUGAUUUGGCGGGAACUUCUGGUUUAUCUAUUGGCCUAUUACGUCAUCAAUUUAACAUAUCGCUACGCGCUGAACGAGCACCAACAGAGAAUAUUUGAAAGGAUCCGCUACUAUUUUGGAAAUUCGAGCGAGUCCAUACCGAUGUCCUUUGUUCUUGGAUUCUACGUGAGUCUCGUUGUGAAACGUUGGUGGGAGCAGUACAAGCUUCUACCCUGGCCCGACAACCUGGCACUCUUCAUCAGCGCUGCCAUUCCUGGAAACGACGAAAGAGGCCGCCUGAUGAGGAGGAACAUCGUGCGAUACGCGGUCCUCGCAUACGUCAUAACACUUCAGCGAAUAUCGCUUCGCGUGAAGCGACGCUUUCCUACCCUUCAGCACAUAGUGGAUGUCGGCCUGAUGAUGGAGUCCGAGAAGAAGAUCUUCGAGAUGAUGAACAAGAAGGCAGCCAUGUCGAAAUAUUGGAUGCCCCUGGUCUGGGCGACGAAUAUUAUAAAUCGAGCGAGAAAGGAGGCGCUGAUAACGAGCGAUCAAGUGGUCCAGACUCUUCUCGUCGAACUGAGCGACAUACGGAAGAGGCUUGGCGCACUGAUCGGCUACGACACCGUUUGCGUGCCGCUCGUUUACACUCAGGUCGUUACACUUUCCUUGUACGCGUACUUCUUCGCGGCGCUUCUUGGACGACAAUUCAUUGAUCGACAAGAGACCGGAAGUGGAAAGUACGAGGAACCAGACAUGUACUUUCCGUUCUUCACUGCACUUCAGUUUUGCUUUUAUGUUGGCUGGCUGAAGGUUGCCGAAGUACUUAUCAAUCCUUUUGGCGAAGACGACGACGAUAUCGAGCUCAAUUGGUUGAUCGACCGUCAUAUCAAGGCUGGGUACAUGAUAGUGGACGAGAUGCACGAGGAGCAUCCUGAACUCCUGAAGGAUCAAUAUUGGGAUGACGUGGUCCCUAAGGAUCUGCCAUAUACAGUAGCUAGUGAACAGUACAGGAGAGAAGAACCCAAGGGUUCGGCCGAGCAUUACAAGGUCAAGGACAGCGAUGCUCUCUACGCGAACGUUAUGCUCGGUACACAGGUGCACAAUCACAGUCAGCACCGCAAAACACACCAGGACGACAUGUACGCCGAUUACGAAAGCGUUGACACUCCUCUGGUAGAACGUAGGAAGAAUUGGCUCCAGCGUCAAAUAACGAGAAUGGGAUCGGUUCGUAGCUCCUCUACGACUUACAGCACGGGCGGAGGAUUUUUUUCAAGGAACCGUCACAACAGCGUCUACAGCAGUCCGGAAACGGGGGGUCUGCCUCAAACCAAUAAUCUCAAUCCAAAAAUGUCGCUGUACGACCGUCUGGUCGGUCGCAAGAGCAUUCGCAGUCAGCGUCUUGGUCGGCAAAGCACGAUGACAAAGCUGAACUCGGUACCAGUCUCCUUGAAGAAUAGACCCAGGAUCCCGACGCCUGAUGUCACCAAGGAGGUCGUGGACAGGGAGCAGCGUCUAGCAAUGUCUGCUAAUAACGCUGCUAAUAUCGGAGCUGGAGUAGUUGGGGUUAUACCGGCUAACGGUCAGUAUCCAGCUGAUCUUCCGGUGGUCCAGGUGGUUCUGUCACCUAUCCAGGAAACUGAGGGAACGCCAUCUUCAGGAAAAGCUGGAACAGCUGCUCUGGCGCAGGCUGUCCUGUCCCCGACCCUGACUAGCGCUGGUCUGGUUACUCCGGUGACAUUGACACCGGUGACUAUGAAUUUGGCACAGUUGGGUCUGGUUACGACCUCAGCGUCCAUGUCACGCGUCAACGUGCAGCCAAAUCUACAAGCGACGCUGACGGAAGUGAAUACCAGCGAAGAGGAAGGUUCCGGUAGCAGUAGGAGUGGCAGCAUCACUGGUCAGGAAGAUCGUUCCACUCCAUUGAUUGGAGAACGUAUCAGUCCCAUGGGAAGUCAUGGUAGUUCUCCAACGUUCGAUAGUUACACGGAUUGCUCUCCGAUUCUUAUGAGUCCGGAGAAGCUCAGUGGUUACAUAGUAACGACAGCGCCGAGCCAUGUCGUCGACGGACGCGGUCGACGCUCAGCAUCCUUGCCAGGACCACCGGUUCCUCAACCCAGAGAAGAUCGCAGCAUGUCCUUGCCCCAUUCGCCAGGACUUCAGCAUCGUGAGAACCGGACGACGUCCGUACCAGGACGAUACGGAAGUCCGGGAAUAGAUAGAGUCUUAUCGGUUCAACCGGAAAUACGGCACAGGACCGGUAGCUGCAGUCGCGAUCCACCUAAACCACCGCCUGAUCCGCUACGAAAAACAAGCACCGGUUCCACAACGAAUUCCGGAAAUGCUGGACCAGCUACUGGAAAACGUGGCGAGGUGUACGUCUGAUGCGAGUCGCUAAUUUAGAAUGUUUUUUUUUUUUUUGUGAAUUAUCGUUUCGACAGAUUCGGCUGGGACUAAUUUAUCCCAUAACUGCCGAUUCUUCCGUCCGUCUCAUGUGAUUUUUUGUACAUUGUGAAAAUAUGUGUAUACUACUACUACUACUCAUGCUACUAUUAUUGCUACUACUAUGCCGAAUCGGGGAACAAUAUCUGACGCGAGGCGUCAUUGUAAAUACAAAUAUAUUCGUAAUUUAUAUCAAGACUUUAUGCAUACGUAACGAAUACGUUCAUGGCCGCAUGCGAAAACGUCGGCGAUGACGUGGUUAGCGCUUUUGAGGCUCAUCCCGCAGUUGGUUCUGGAUCUUUCAUUGUUCUACUUGAGCGCCGCUACUAUUCAGUCUGAUGACAAUGGGCCACGCGAUGCGGCUACGAAUUCAUCUUUUCAACCGGUAUAUCGAUACCUGCAUGUUUUAUGGAUAAUAUUGAUUCUAUCGAGUUGAAUUACAUAUGUAUGUGCGUACACGCGAAUUAGAGAGAGAGAGAGAGAGAGAGAGAGAGAGGAUGGGAUGAUAACCUAUCAGUGAGAGACAUGUAUGCGUCUUAUGACGUCGAGAUAUUACUUUGUGAUAUAUAUUACUACUUUUUAAUUACUCCUUUAUUAUUCUCCGUGCGUAUGAAAACACCUAGGAACGCGAGGUGAACAGGAUAAAAAGAGAAAAGCGAGAGAAAAAAAGAAAAAUCUUAGUGGGAAUUAAUGAUAAUUAUUGCGAGUCUAGGAUUUCCUUUGUAAAUAUUGUCACGCGUAAUAUUUGCCAAUCGUUCAAGUUCUUUGCCAUAUUUAUUUGGGGACUCAGUUUCCGCUUUCUGUUCGUGAUUUGCUCGUCUCGUGUCUUUUUCUUUGUUCUUGUUAUCGCCGUCGAGAUUCCGUGCCACAAUACCGAAUGAAAACGAUAAGCUCAUCGAUUACGAUUACAUUAACCAUUCGUGUCAUUGAACCCGUGUAGAAGAAACAGGAGCGAGGUAAUUCAUCCAUAAACAUUUAUCAUAACUUUUUAUUAUCUGAUAUUGCUGCCGCUUGGAGUCAUCAAUUCUUUUUAUACAGAACAUGCUCUCGUUCCAAUUACGCAUGGCUCGAUCACCGUCAGUCCCUUCUGACGUUGCAGAGUGACUGACCGGUUUAUAAAAUUAUAAAAGAAUCAUCAAGGACAUACGUCAGGGUGUAGUCCUUUAGAAUAGAUGAGAAGAAAAUUGUAAUCCUAUGGAUAGAUAACCAUCACGAUAAUUUUUAGGUUUCGCAUGACCGACGAGCGUCAAUCGUGUCGCAAUUCUCGAAGGACUCGAAAUUUGAUGGCGAAUGGCUUGUUCGGCCAUUCUCAUCGGGUAUUUCGCUUCCGGUCGUAGUAGACGUUGCAUUCGCGUAUGGCAAAAUGAAAUGAGAAAGAAAUAGAGAAAACAGUGUAAAAGUUGAGGUAGUUCGAAGAUUACGUGAUAAAUGAAUCUCGACCGUGUUUCAAACGGUAAAAAAAAAUAAAGACAUAGUGAAAGGCAAAAUCGAUAUCCUCGUAAACUACAGUGACGCGUUAAUGAGAUAAAAUUGUAUGAUUUUAGGGUAUAAUAAUAAUAUUAUCGACGUCUCUCGCCAUGGGGAAGGAAAUCGAAGAAUUUUAUAAAAUUUAACGAUGUUUCAUAAGUGACCGUGAAUAUCGCGCGACAACUCGUUUUUGCUAUUUCGAGGUUGGGAAUCUCAUAUUUUCGAAAGUGACACACGAGAUUUGGCAAUCAAUUGGAGAAAGUGAUGUAAUACUUUUUUUUUUAUUCUCAAACACUUGAACGCUCGCACUCCGAGAAAAUUGAAAAUAUUUCGUGAGAGUAUGCUGAUUAUGUUGAACACGAUUAUCAUUCAUGACGUAGCCUUUAGUCGUUUUCUUUCUUUCGCAUGUGUCAAAUUUUUUUGUUCUUUUCCUUCGACCGAAAGAAAGAAUACGUGCGUGAGGUAUAAUAGAUCGACCUUAUUUAAUGAAUAUUCUUUGUUAUUAUCCAAGGACACAUAUCCAGUAGGUAUAUCUGCUCGUUGUGCAGAAUACCUGAUUGUAGAUAUUUUAACCUACAGUAUUUGUAUAUAAGUAAUAUAGCUCUAGGGGUCGUCCAAUUAUAUAACGGCCGCGAAGAAUAAAUAGAGAAUUUUAUGAAUUACGUUAUUGCGCGACGACGGCAAUUACGUGUCUGCGGAAAUGAAGAUAUUUUUCUUCUCCCGUUUCUAUUUUUUUUUUUUUUAAUGUUAGCGAUGUUUCAUAUUAUCUUAUACUAUAAUCGCCAUUAAAUAAAUACCUUGAAAUCUA